CACACUGCAGCACGACAUAAAAAAUUCGAAAAAUUCUAAGGCGCCCAGGAAAAUAAUAUUUUCCGGGCCUCGACUCAACAUACUAUAGCGACGGAUUUCGUGAUGGGAAAAGAGGAAGAAGAAGCUCGAUUCGUCGAGCUGACGAAGGUGAGGCUGGAGGACCUGAGGAGGAGGCAGAGUCUGGAGCAACUCCUUGUUCGCUACGUUGCCGAAGACAUUCACCUUUUCUCUGAACAUAACCAACUUGUUAUGUUGCCCAUCCAAGUGCGAGAGAAGAUCUUGCAAAGAGUGCUGCAGUUUCGCUGCCCACCGCGUACCAACGGCAACCCAGAAAUUCUGCAAAAGUUUUUGAACGCGCUUCCCCAGCUGCUGAGUCCUCGCACCAGAAAAAUGGAUUUGGAAGGCUUCUUCAGUUUUGGCCCCGAAAAUUCUGCAAUGAUACAGGUUUUCGGCUGGAUUGCUCGUCUGGCUCCGAACGUGGAGGAAUUGUCCAUGUGCAGAGUUGGAGUCAGGGCCAUUCGCAUGCAGUCCCUCCUUCAGCCACUCAGUCAGAUGAAAAGGCUGAGAAAAAUGAUGCUUAGAGUGGUUGAGUUUCGCCUUUCCGACCUGAGCAAGUUGUGCGGCGAUUUACCCAAUCUGCAAGUGGCCGGCGUCGGCGCCCUUAGCCACGUGGAGCAUGAUUUGCGAGAUGGCAGCGAGCACAAGAGAAAUUUGCAGAAUCUCAGGGUGCUCGUGGACAACCAGUGGUGCUCACGCUAUUUUGAAAUGCUCGCCACUGUUGCUCCUCAUCUUGAUUACAUCAUGGUUUGGAAUCAUGAUCAUUUGCCACUCUCUUCCGACCAGAAAGAAACGCCACCGUUCCUGAAAAGAAGGUGUCUUACCCUGGAAGAGAGGAUGAUUCCGGGAGAAGGGCACAAGCUGGCUCUCAAGUACCCAAACAUCACCCAUCUCGUGAUUGAGGAAGCUUACUUCGAAGUUCAAUCCUUCGAAUCUGUGCUGCAUUUCAAACAGAUCGAGUCCUUGACCUUCGACGGCGUGCUGAGCUGGGACAUCGUGGAGCGCAUCUUGGCCGCCUUUGGCCACCAACUUCACUCUUUGAUCAUCUGCUGCGAUCUUCCGAGCACUUCUCUGACUUUAGAACAGAUUUCCCAGCUCUGCCCUAAGCUGGAAUUGCUGCACCUGCUAAAUGUCUUAGUUCCGGACACCACGAAGCAGGUUUUUCCGGAGCUCACUGAUUUGGUUUGGAUCAACGAGUCGGUGGUUCUGUCGCCAUCCAGCGUGUUGUCUGCCCCAAAACUGAAGAAAGUUCAGUUGAAUGGUGUCUUCAACUUGUCUGAUCUAGAAGUUUGCACCAGGAUGAUUGAAAAGGGCGACGCCCUCAGGGAGCUGCAGAGCUUGAGCGUGCAACUCGAGCACACUUUCAUUCCCGACUUCAACGAGAAGCACUUCAACGCGGCCGCUCGCUUUGUCAAGACCGCGUCUGCCCUUCUUCCCAAACUGGUCAAAGUUUACUUUAACCUUCAGGUGCAAUACUUCAGGUUUAAGUUUGAUGGGAGAGUAGGAGUGCAUAUUGAGGAGAAGUUUGACUACGACACCUACAACAGGCUGAUGAAGGAGUACAACAAGCACAACGGAGUGUAUCCAGGAAAAUGAACAAGGACGUUUAGGUUUAAUUUUCCAACUUUUUGAAAUAAUUUGACAGUCAAUCGCUUGAUAGUUUAAACAGUGUGUGUUUAAAUAAUUUAUUGAUGAAUAUUUUACUAUUCACGAAUCAAUAAAUUCGAAACUUAACUUAUUUUGCUCCAGGAUAAAUUGAAGAAAAUUGCUGCGUUGUAAUGUUGUAAUAUAAUGUUCAGUAGAUGAGUGAGUACAAAUAGAAAUUCUAUCUUUUGAAUCUUAAGCAAGAAAAUUGUUGGUCGACUUGUGCCUCUGUGGCUAUAUUUAUAAGGUGUAUGAAUUAGUCACACUCUUGGUUUGUUAGCAAAGAAAAACAUUAAAUUGCGCGUUUAUGAAUCAAAAUUACACACCAAAUUAUUUC